AACAUUGGCGUGAACUAACGUACUGAGCCCUCCGCCGUAGCCACCUGGGCUGAGUCCUUCACCAAGCUCCUCGCCUUCAACCAGACGCAAUACGCCCGAGUCCUCUCUCUCGACUCGGACGCCAACGUGCUCCAAAACCUCGACGAGCUCUUCCUGCUCCCCCCCUCCCCGGUAGCCAUGCCGCGCGCAUAUUGGCUGUACCCCCAGGAAAAGAAGCUGGCCUCACACAUCGUGCUGCUGCAGCCGAGCGCGACCGAAUUCGCGCGCGUCAUGGACGCGGUCCGCGACGCGGCGCCGGGCGACUACGACAUGGAGAUUCUGAACCGGCUCUACGGCGACUCCGCGCUGGUGCUGCCGCACCGGCCGUACGCCCUGCUGACGCGCGAGUACUUUAGGGAGCCCUGGAACCACUCGCACUACCUCGGCAGCGACCGCGAGCAAUGGGACCCCGUGGCGGUGUACAGCGAGGCCAAGUACCUGCACUUCUCGGACUGGCCUAUGCCGAAGCCUUGGCUGCCUGCGGAUGAGGAGCUGAGGCUCCAGGUGCAGCCCAAGUGUUAUGUUAACGACGGCGGCGUCGAGUCCUGUGCUGAGAGGGAGUUGUGGAACGGGUGGCGGAACGAAUUUAAGGAGAGAAGAAAGAGAGUAUGCGGGACUGGCACUUGAGCGGGACGGCGCAGAAAGUCGUGAGUCUCUGAACUGCGGCCAACUUGUAGACGACUCGUGCGCCACGCGUGGCGGGUGUGCAUUUGAAGGACGAGACCAUCCGGGCGAGUCGAGAUAGCCGGAGAAGUCGAGCGAGGUAUCUUGGCCGGUUUUGACGGUAAAGGACAUUGGUGGAAGCGCAGCGGCGAGAGGUGGGAAGGGUAAUGGGAUGGAGACAGGGGCAGCGAGUGGGAAAGGGGGUGGCGGGUCCGGGAGUGUUACUGGUGUUGGGGAGUCGACGGCGACGGCGACGACAACGGCGACUGCAACCGAUGGCGUUUGCGGGGGCGACGGAGGUGUGUCGAUUACGGUGGUUGUAACGAUUGUGGUGCCUGUGGUGGGUAGGGUGGUGCUUGUCGUUGGGGUGGGCUUGCUGGUCUGGAGCCUGAAGAAGAAAAAGAAGGCGCCGGAGCCCACGCUCCCAUUGGCGGCUUCGAACAUUGCGACAGUCGUUGAUGUGCAGAAGGACUGGAUUGACGACGUCAAGGAGCUUAUGGGGACGCGGGCUGUCUGGCCGGCCGUCAGAAUUGUCAAGUACCUCGCGCUAUCCUAGCAACGGAGGCAGCGCGGCGGCCGCAUGGGGUCCGUCGGAUGCAAGUCCAGUAUAUACUCCCGUAUACGCUGCGUUUCCAAUUGGGCGAACAAAGUAAGACUUGUAACCCGGGAUGCAGGAGGAGGAUGAAGAGAGGAAGUGGGAAAUGAGCAAGCAGGCGAGGGCGCGGUGUAUUAUGAAGACCCGGCGACUUGAUCAGUGAAGGGAC